CAAAAGAAACGAGUCCACAAGAUUGAUAAGGUGAAGAGAUUUAUCGAAGAAAGGAAAAGGAGAAGAGAAAAAUGGUGGUUAGUAGUAGCAGUGCAUUCAGAUCUUCAUUGAGCUCAUUUUUAUUACCAACGAAAGUGACGAAACUAUCAUUAGGCAACAGAAUUACCCUGCUUCCACUUUCUAAUGUUGCUGCUCUUUCAUCUCAAGUUACUUAUCCUAUCAAGUCAGAGAUGUCACUUUGUGUUGGAACACAUCUUAUACCUCAUCCAAACAAGAUUGAAAGGGGAGGAGAAGAUGCUUUUUUCAUUAGCAGCCACGGCGGUGGAGCUAUAGCUGUUGCAGAUGGAGUGUCAGGGUGGGCAGAACGCGAUGUUGAUCCUGCAUUGUUUUCUAGGGAGCUGAUGGCACAUGCAUCAUCAAUGGUGUAUGAUACAGAGGUGAAUUAUGAUCCGCAGGUUUUGUUGAAAAAGGCGCAUGCAGCUACCUCUUCAAUGGGUUCAGCAACAGUAAUUGUUGCUAUGAUGGAAGGAAAUGGGACUCUUAAGAUUGCAAAUGUUGGAGAUUGUGGACUACGUGUUAUUCGCAAAGGACAAAUAAUGUUCUCAACAUGCACUCAAGAGCAUUACUUUGAUUGUCCUUAUCAGUUGAGCUCAGAAACUUCAGGUCAAACAUACCUAGAUGCAAUGGUGAGCAGUGUAAAAUUGGAGGAGGGAGACAUUGUAGUUAUGGGAUCAGAUGGUCUUUUCGACAAUGUUUAUGACAGAGAAAUUGCAUCAACUGUUGCAAGCAACAGCGACGUAGCAGAAGCCGCCAAGGCAUUAGCUAGGCUAGCUAGAGAUCACUCAAUGGACAUCAGUUUCGACUCUCCUUAUUCAUCAGAAGCUCGAACCAAGGGUAUUGAUGUGCCAGAUUGGAAGAAGUUGCUAGGAAUGAAGCUAACAGGGGGGAAAUUGGAUGAUAUCACCGUCGUCGUUGGUGAAGUUGUAAAGCUCGCUGAAAGUUCCUCGGAUAUGGUUCAGACUUCAGAGAUUAACAAGUAAAUCAAAGCUUGCCUGUUCUUCAGGCUAUGUGGUUGAGCUGAUAGCAGUGAUGGAUCCAGAAAAUCUAAAAUGGGAAUGUACAUUAAAUAUCAAGCUAGAAAUUCCUCUGUUUUCAAAGCUUAUCUUUACCCUAUUGAUAUUAAUUUUAUGAUUUUGAGAAUGCAAAAGCAAAUAUUGAAUCAAUUAAAACGAAACAAAUUGUUUUUGUCUAAGCAUUACAAUUCUCUUUAAUAUAGUUUGAGGAACUCAAUGCUUAAUAUAC